AUGCCGCAGGGCGCCAACGCAAGUCCGUCUUGGUUCGUCAAGGUCAUCAACAGAGUGGUGCACGGUCUGGAGCGUGUGCUUGCUUAUCUGGACAAUGCCUUCUGUUUCGAUGAGGAACCUCUGGGACACGUACUGAACUUGAUCGAGUUCUUCAAACGACAGCGACAGUACAACCUCAAACUGCCUGGGAAGGCUCGCGUCGGCGCCACGCAGGUCAACUUUCUCGGUCACACCAUCUCUCCGGCAGGUGUUAGCCCUGAUGGCGUCCAGGUUAGGGCGCUCACGCACAUGCCGCCGCCGCCGAAUGUUAAGCAGCUUCGGAGCCUUCUCGGUGGACUCAGUUACUACCGGAUAUUCCUCAAGAAUCUCGCCACCAAGAUGCGGCCUCUCAACUCUCUUCUUAAACAAGGCGUCCCCUUCAAGUACACACCCGGGCAUGGUCAAGGUUGGCAUCAAAGCUUGGCCCGCGAUCAACUCGAGUAUUGCAACCUGGCUGUCGAUCGCCAGCGCCGGGCCUACGAACUUGUCCGUGAGUACAACGCGCUGAAGAUUUCGCGAGUCGAACGCCGGAAUUCAUCCCUGCUGGACGCCAUUCACAAGCUCCCUCAGUUUACCGUUGGCGGGUGUGCUUGGGUGUACAACACGGCUGCUACGAUUCGACAGGGUGUGCAGAAGGACACGGACCAACAGGUGCUCAAGGCCAAAUUCGCACUUUCCUGGACGGGGCCGUACAAAGUUCUUGCGGUGGGUCCCACCUCUGCCGACGCCACUCCGGACGGCCGCUCGUUGGCGCGUAAACUCUUCUACCUGGACCUGCCUUCCGGUCUUUCCGGCCCGGCAGCUCGUUGUCAUGUGUCUGUCCUUCGUUGCAAGCCCUGUCGCAAUUCAUACGAGACGGACGACUUGCCGCAAUCUCUGCCCGCCGAGCUUUCGCGUUAUGUUCUGCACUCUUUCGGAGAUAAAUGUCCACCUUUCCACGUCACCGUGGAUGAUGUGUCGGUGCCUGUCGGGCGCCUCGAGGUCGACUACAUCUCGGGACAUCAACUGGUGCGGGGCCGUAGCGGCGUCCUCGCUGUCCUGUACCAGACGCAUUGGGUAGGCCUGACUACUCCUUCAUAG